AUGUCGGCCCCCGCCGGCGCGGACGCGUCCUCCUCCCCCUCCCCCCCCCCCUCCUCCUCCUCCUCCUACGUGUGGUCGUUCGGGUUCGGCAGCAACAUGAACGUCGCGUUCGUGGAGUCGAAGAAGGGCUACAAGGUGCACGCGCAUCGGUGCGCGGUCCUGCGCGGAUGGCGACUGACGUUCAACCUGCACGGACCCGACCGCGUGGAGGAGUCGUUCGCGAACGCGCAGCCGUCCGAGGACCCCGCCGACGAGAUCCACGGCGUCGCGAUCAAGCUCACGGUCGAGGACGCGCUGAAGCUCGACGCGCAGGAGCGCGCGUACCGGAGGGUGGCCGUCGUCGUGCGCGCGUACGACGGGACCGAGAUCGAAGCGCACGUCUACUCCAAAGAGCAGCCGCCGGAGAAGCCCGAGCGGCCGUGCUCGGCGAGGUACCUGAACGUCCUCGUCUCCGGCGCGAGGAGCGCGGGGCUGGACGGCGCGUACGUCGAGAGGCUGGCGAAGACGCCGACGUACGCGCCGUCGGCGGCGACGCUCGAGCUGAGAGCGGCGCUGAGGCGCGUCGCGCCGCGGUCGCUUCAAGUCGUGUUCGGGGGCACGCACCUGGGACGGGACAUCACGACGCGCAUGAGCCGACAGUGGCGGGGGCUCUCGUUGGACGAGAACGACGACCGUGGGCGCCCGCCGUAUCGAACGCCGCGCGCGAUGGACGACGACGCGGAGGAGGAGUUCGUUUGGCAGUGGUGCGACCACUACUUAGGGAAGGCUGGGCUAGACGGCGUCGUGGCGUACUUGAGCGAGUACGCAGAGCAGGCGGAGCGGGAGGAGGCGGCGGAGGACGGCGGCGCGUAG